CCGUCCUCGACCCUCGUCAGCGAGGGCUUCGCGUCCUCCUCACGGGCAGCACGCAGGGCUGGGUUGUCUUCUGAUCCCACAUGGGUCGUUUCUCAUCUCCCCUCCUUUUCCUGACCAGGCCCUUUCUUGGGGUAGAGUGUCACCCCACAGGGUGUCAGGGGUAGGGUAUCACCCCACAGGACAUCAGGGGUAGGGUAUCACCCCACAGGACAUCAGGGAUAGGGUGUCACCCACAGGGCAUCAGGGAUAGGGUGUCACCCCAUUGGGGGUCAGGGCUAGGGUGUCACCCACAAGGCAUCAGGGCCCCUGUCAGUAGCGCAGUGUGCUUCAUGUCAUCAGCGGUCAGUCACCAGGGGUCGUGUGCAGACCAAGUGGACACUGGCUGGCACUGGACCAGGGCUCCAGAUAUGCCUCCAUCUGAGCCCUGUGGCCUCCCUGCACCCCUGCAGAAUGACAGGCAGCGCUUUGGGGCCUCCCUGGGCAGCCUGUCCUUCGGCCGUGUGUCCGUCAUGAACAUGUCCAUCACCAACUUGAAGCUGGCCGUGUGCAUCGCCCUGCGGUUCUCGGCCACGCGGCGCCAGUUUGGACCGAGCGACGCGGAGGAGGUCCCGGUGCUGGAGUAUCAGCAGCAGCAAUGGCGUCUGCUCCCCUACCUGGCAGCUACCUUCGCCCUACAGCACUUCUCCAGGUCCCUGUUCAUGGACCUGAUGGAGCUUCAGCGAGGCCGCAACAGACAGGACCGGGGCCCCCGACACGUGAGCCACACCCCUGACCCGGGACCCUCCCAAGAGGCAACCUUAUUCAGAACGCCCGCGGGUGCCCCACAGGCUGCCUUUCUACAGUCCCCUCUGGGGACAGAGGGCUCUGCACGCUGCUUCGCUGGCCCGGGUUUCUCAGCCCGACCCUGCUGUAAACAACAUGGUGACAAAUGUGGGGUGACAUCCAGUGGGGGCUGUAUGCCAGGAGUCCUGUCAUACCCCCUAAGGGUGGGGCUUUGUGGUUACUGGGGCAAGCAGAGAGAGGAAGGGCUCUGAGGGCAGAUUCCCCAUGGCACCCUGAAAAGUCUGUAUCCAAUUGCCAAGGGUGAGGCUGUUUCCCGUAAACUCCCAGAGGGAGUGGGCAGGCCGGUGGGAAGCAGCAUCCAGCACAGAGCCCUGAGAGACCCAAGGGAAGGGGAGGAUUAAUGCCUGUUUUCCUGAUAAUGAGUCCCCCUGGCUUUCCCAGGGCCACAUGGCUUCGGUCUGUGCCCUGCGCAAUGCUCAUAGCCAGUCCCUG